AUGGAGGAGAAGGAUCCGAGAAAAGCCGUCCAGGAGCGACGCGGGGACGCGCAAUGCACGUCCCAUACCGACAGCUUGUUAGCUACGCAACCCGAUCCAACUCUAGCCACAAGCGCUGGCGCUGCUAGUGGUUUGCUUCAUGGUGAUGCAGAGAUCGAAGCCGGCGGAAGCGACGAGGACGGCGAGUUCUCAGCGACCGAUUUUGAUGCCGAUUCAAUAGACGACAAUCAUUCCGAUUCUACCUCUCUGCGAUCUAGUAUCUUAGAACAUAGCUACGUCAAUGGACGCAGAUAUCACCGAUACCGCCAUGGGCGCUAUCCUAUACCAAAUGACGAAGCCGAACAGAAUCGUGAAGAUAUGCUGCAUACCAUGAUGAUGGAGGCCACCGACGGACGGCUGUUCUAUGCGCCCCUGGGACCGAAUCCGCAAAAGGUCAUUGACCUUGGAACCGGCACUGGCCUAUGGGCGAUAGAAUUCGGAGAUCGAUAUCCUAGUGCGGAAAUCACGGGCCUCGAUCUCAGUCCCAUACAGCCAACCUGGGUUCCCCCAAACGUCAAAUUUUUGGUGGACGAUGUCGAAGCCGAGUGGUUGAACGGUGAUGACUUUGACCUGGUUCACCUCAGAAACAUGAUUCCCAUACUAAAAUCCCCCAUCAAUCUAUUGAAACAAGCAUAUGAACACAUCAGGCCAGGCGGUUGGGUGGAGCUUCAAGACGUCGAUGGUGUCGUGCACACAGACGACAAUAGCGUACCCAAAGACUGGCCACUGAAGAGAUUCACCAAUCUGCUCGUCGAGGCCUUUGCGCAAUUCGGCACAAAUGUCAACGCGGCCGAAUCUGGACGCGAGUAUCUAGAAGAAGCCGGGUUCGUCAAUAUACAACACAACUACAUUAAACUACCAUACGGCACAUGGCCGAAAGACAAAUUGAUGCGCUUGGUCGGCAUGUACUAUCGCACCGCCUGCGAAGACUUUUUGCCGGCCGUCGGCGCCAUGCACUUUCCCAAGAUGGGCUGGGAAAAGGCCGAGAUGGAAGUCUUUUUUGCGCAGGUGCGCCAGUCCAUGCGCGACCCCAAGGUGCACGCCUACGGUAAGAUGCACUUUUGGAGUGGCCAGAAGCCUCUUGGUGCGUGA